AUGACACGCGGCGCCGUGAUCUGCAUCUCCCACGGCGGAGGUCCGAUGCCGGUUCUCGGCGACCCGGGCCACAAAGACAUUGUCUCGUCGCUCACGAAGCGCGUGCCGAAGCUCCUGCGCCUCAACACGCCCCAAGCACCGCGCGCCAUCGUCGUCGUGACGGCGCACUGGUCGACGAGGAGGCCGACCAUCUCGUCGGCGACGCACCACGACCUCUACUACGACUACGGCGGCUUCCCCAGCGAGGCCUACGCGCUGAAGUACCCGGCGCCCGGGUCACCCGACGUGGCGGAGGAGGUGCGGCAGGCGCUCGCGCAGCAGGGUCUCGACCCCGUGCUCGACGCCAAGCGCGGCUGGGACCACGGCGUCUUCAUCCCCUUCUUGCUCAUCAACCCGGCGGCCGACGUGCCGAUUGUGCAGCUUUCCGUGCUGGCGUCCGAGUCGGAGGAGGAGCACCGCCGCAUGGGCCUCGCGCUGGCGAGUCUGCGCGACUCCAACGUGGCCAUUGUGGGGUCGGGCUUUGCGUCGUUCCACAACAUGCGCAAGUUUGGCGAGCUCCGGGCCGGCGCCGGCGGAUCGAGGCUCCGAAGCCAGGUCAAGGAGUGGAACGGCGUUCUGUCGGCGGCGAUCGAGACGGAGAAGAGCGAGGAGAGGGGGAAGAAGCUCGCCGGCUGGAGGGGGUUCCCGCACAGCUUUGACAUGCACCCGAACGGCGGCGGCGAGCACUUUAUGCCCCUGCUCGUGUGCUCGGGGGCAGCCGGCGACGAGGCCGCGGCCAAGUACAAGGAUGACUUUUUGGGAGCCGAUAUCUGGACCUACUAUUGGGGGGAACUGCGCGUUUGA